AAGUAGAUCAUUAUACUAUUACCAAAUUGCCCUUGUCUUUGUCUCUGAUCGAUUCAAAUCAAAUCUGAAUUACUAUAUAUAGAGAGUCCCGCACUCUGUAACUGAUUCUAUUUCUCGGAAAUGGCGUCUUAUGGCUCAUGUCCGUCGAUAAAGAAUAUUCUUCUUCUAGACUCAGAGGGAAAGCGUGUGGCAGUCAAGUAUUUUUCAGACGACUGGCCAACCAACAACUCAAAGAUAGCUUUUGAGAAGUUUGUGUUUAGUAAGACUGUUAAGACAAAUGCUCGAACAGAAGCUGAGAUCACAUUACUCGACAACAAUAUCAUUAUUUACAAAUUUGUACAAGAUCUCCAUUUCUUUGUCACUGGUGGCGAUGAUGCAAAUGAGAUCAUUUUAGCUUCAGUUCUUCAGGGUUUCUUUGAUGCAAUCACGCUUCUCUUGAGGAACAAUGUUGACAAAAGAGAGGCGCUGGAAAACUUGGACCUCAUUCUUUUAUGCCUUGAUGAGAUUGUUGAUGGAGGGAUGAUACUUGAAACAAAUGGACCACUUAUUGCUGAAAAAGUUACCUCCCAUAGCAUGGAUGGUGCUGAAUCCCCCCUGUCUGAGCAGACACUAACUCAAGCCUGGGCUACAGCUAGAGAACAUUUGACAAGAACCCUUCUAAAAUAAAGUUCGCCUGCAAAGGAGCUUCGUUAUAUUCUAGAGUCUUUUUUUAUUUAUUAUCUACACAGUUUUUUUAAUGUUUUAUCUUCUCAUUUGUUGUGAGAUACUGCGAUAUGAGUUUCAUAUCAUAUUCAACGCUGAUUUUUUAUUCAUUAUUAUUCCUGUUAUUAUUUUUUGAAUACUGAAAAGGAUUUAUUUAUCCUAAAUAACCAUUUAACCCCCCCAAAAAAUGGGG